GCCAUUUGAUGUACGCUUUCAGAUGGGUGAGUUUGGAAAAGCCUUUGAAAAAUCUGGACCCCGAACUUUCUCAGGAGAAGAACUGGAGCAUGGCAUGUCCAGGUGGAGCCACGCACUCACCAAAGCUGCAAAUUUCUUUGGAUGGGAUGAGAGCAAUUACAGGAGUGAUGCUGAACUAGUGGACAAAAUUGUUAAGAGCGUUCUUAAUUUACCAGUCUUGUCUGCUACUAAAUUUCCAGUUGGAUUACAAUCCAACGUGGAAGAUCUAAUUCAAACUAUAAAAGAUAAAUCGAGCGAAGUUUGUAUAAUAGGGAUAAGUGGAGCUGGAGGAUCUGGGAAAACCACCCUUGCCAAAGCCAUCUACAAUAAAAUUCAUGAAACAUUCACGGAGAAAAGUUUCAUCGAAAAUAUUGGACAAGUUAGUCGAAGAAGAGGGCAUCAUCGUUUACAAGAACAAUUUCUUUUAGAUGUCCUAAAACCAAAGGUGGAGAUACCUAGUGUUGAUAUGGGAACAAGAAUGAUUCGGGAAAGACUUACUGGGAAAAGAGUGUUAAUUGUACUUGACGAUGUGACCGAGAAUUUUACAUUGUUAGAUCUAUGGGGAUGCCGUGAAUGGUUCGGUGGAGGAACAGUAAUAAUCAUUACAACAAGAGAUGUACGUCUACUCAAUGUUCUCGAAGUUGACCAUGUAUAUGAAGUGGAGGAAAUGAAUGAGAUUGAGUCCCUUGAGCUUUUCAGUUGGCAUGCUUUUAAGGAAGCAAAUCCACCUGAAGAUUUCCUUGAACUCUCAAAACAAGUAGUCACUUACUGUGGAGCACUACCUCUAGCUCUUGAAGUCAUUGGAAAUUGUUUAUUUAAAAAGACAAAAGAAGAAUGGAAUAGUGUAAUGUUAAAAUUAGAGAAAACUCCCCUGUAUAAUGUUCGACAGAAAUUGGAAAUAAGCUUUGACGGAUUACGGAAUCAAAUUGAAAAAGAUUUAUUCCUUGAUAUAUGUUGUUCCUUUGUUGGUGAGGGCAGAGACUAUGUUACGAAGAUGCUAAAUGGAUGCGGAGUAGACGCUGACAGUGGAAUAAGAGUUCUCAUAGAACUUAGUCUCAUAAAAGUUAAAAGGAAAAACAAACUUGGAAUGCAUCUUUUGUUACAAGAAAUGGGAAGAAAUAUUAUUAAUGAAAUUUAUGAAAAGGAAUUUCGGAGGGAGCGGCGACUGCGGUUUGACGAUUCAGAAUAUGUAUUGACAGAUACUAUUGAGGUGGUACAAUCCAACAAUGGUAUUAUUAAAUCUUAA